CUACGAGGACAGGAGCUGACAUGUGACUAUAUGCUGGGUUCAAGACAAUUAGAUGGAAUAGUAUAAAACUUAUACUUUAAGUCUGUAGAAAAUCCUCAGACAUGAUCUUUCAUAAUACGUUGUUGGGGGGCAUGCAGGUCUACAUGUUUUAAUUAUGAGUAUUUUCUGUAGUGUAGGAAGUUGCUGAUUUCAAUUAGUUAUUAGUGUGUGGGGGCAACAGAGGUCAGAUAAUUACAUAUUAAGUGCACUGACUGCAUAGUAUUACUUACCAAGAGUUCAGUCGUGUUCUCACCAUAUCCAAGGUCAAACGUUUAGAAAUUCACAACCCCCCCUUUUCCCUUUCAAUUAGCAAAAUACAGAGAUCACGGUCAGUGAACUAUCCCACCUAAAACAGCUGCUGGUGUAAACGUCCAGCCGAUCACAGACCGGGACGAGACCUGCAGGACUUGCUGGGGACGGAGAGAGCAGCGCUCCAGGACGAGGCUGCUGCGCGUUGACAGCAUUAGCACCGUGCUGUUGAAGUGUUUAAACCGUAGAUUCCGGCAUGUCCGAGAGGAAGAGCGCUAAACACCGCAGCUCUGAGGCAUCAACACCGACAACUCCCGCGGAUCAGAUGGUGCCGAAAAAAUGACUCGGACUAUUUCCAUCCUCGCUUACUUGGUCUCUUUGGUUCACUGUAGUCACUGUGCCGACUCAGAGGAGCGUCUCAUGAACUGGUUGCUGGGAAAGGGUCGCUACAAUCCGCUCAUCCGCCCGGCUGUCAACAGGACAGAGAGAGUCCCAGUGAAGCUGCAAGUGUCUCUGGCUCAGCUCAUCAGUGUGAAUGAAAGAGAACAGAUCAUGACCACAAAUGUCUGGCUCACUCAGCACUGGGUGGAUUACAGGUUAUCAUGGGACCCUGCAAAGUACGAAGGUAUCGACAAGCUGCGCAUUCCCUCCAGACACAUCUGGCUCCCAGAUAUUGUCCUGUACAACAAUGCUGAUGGUACCUAUGAGGUAACCGUCUUCACCAAUGCCAUUGUCCUUUUCAAUGGCAGCAUCAACUGGCUUCCUCCAGCCAUCUACAAAAGCGCCUGUAAGAUCGAUGUCAAGCAUUUUCCCUUCGACCUGCAGAACUGCACCCUCAAGUUCCGCUCUUGGACGUAUGACCACACGGAGAUCGACCUGAUCUUGAAGUCCGAGGUGGCGAGUAUGGAUGAUUUCACUCCCAGUGGGGAGUGGGAUAUCCUGGCGCUGCCAGGCAGACGGACCGUCGACCCCCUGGAUCCCACCUAUGUGGACCUCACCUAUGACUUUAUCAUCAAAAGGAAGCCCCUUUUCUACACCAUAAACCUCAUCAUUCCCUGUGUUUUGAUCACAUCUCUGGCCAUUCUGGUCUUCUACUUACCUUCAGACUGUGGGGAGAAGAUGACCCUCUGCAUCUCCGUGCUCUUGGCUCUCACUGUGUUCUUGCUUUUAAUCUCAAAGAUUGUUCCUCCCACCUCACUGGAUGUGCCCCUGAUCGGCAAGUACCUGAUGUUCACCAUGGUGCUCGUGACCUUCUCCAUCAUCACCAGUGUGUGUGUGCUCAACGUCCACCACCGCUCUCCGAGCACCCACACCAUGCCUUCCUGGGUCAAGCUGAUAUUUCUUGUCAAACUGCCUGCCUUACUCUUCAUCAGACGCCCUCAGAAUAACUCUGCAAGCCAGAGACUUCGCCGACAGCGGUGUUUCAGGGCGAGGAGAGACAUUUUGGGCUUGGGUUACCCAGUCGCAUCCAAGACAGGUUUCACCUUGUCGUCUUCUGCCCUGCUGUCUUCCAAUUCUGCCUUCUCCACCCCAGGACACAAAAAUGUAGCUCCUCAGCUGGGCUACAGCCACUCCAAUAGGAAGGGGGACUUGCGCUCCACUGAUUACAUUUCCAGUGGUUUCACCUCUAACCAGGACCUCCAGCAGACAAGCAACUCAGAUUGGGCUGCUGAUGUCCAGGAGGCGGUGGAUGGGGUGCGCUUUGUGGCUGAGCACUUGAUGGGAGAUGAUGAUGAUCAGAGUGUGAUAGAGGACUGGAAGUAUGUCGCCAUGGUGGUGGAUCGGAUGUUCCUGUGGAUCUUUGUGAUCGUGUGUGUGGUGGGCACGCUGGGCUUAUUUCUCCAGCCUGUCUUCCAGACUCAGAUUGUUCCCAAACAGCAGCCGAGCUCAGAGACUCCUCGCAUAUGAUGACACGGCGAGUUUCUUUUUUUGUUUUCAGCAAUCGAGCGGUGUAUCUGCAGGCCUGCAGUAUUUGCAAAGUUUUUUUUUUGGUUGCUUGAAGCCUGUAGUACCAUGUUGGUGGGGUCAAAGAGCAGUGACAGCAUCUAUGCCAAACCCCACCAAUAAAGCAUCUGAGAGGGUUAAACCAGACAAAAAAGUACUUGCAACCACUUAUUGUGUCUAUCAGGGGAACAAACAGGAUUGCUGUGCGAGAUAGGACGUAGAACAAAUGUCUCCUAAUAAUCGAAACCACAUGAUCCACAGCAAUACAACCAUCUACAGCAGCAAAUAUUUUGAAGAAAUGCUACAUCUGCAAUGGACGUAAUGAGGCAUCGUUGCACUGUCAUUUCCGUUCAUGUCUACAAAGGACAGCUGCAGAACUGGACUGAAUAUAGCUUUCACUGCACUUAAGUAUGCUGAACUUUUGCAGAAAUAUACCCAAUAUGUCUGAGUUAAGAAGACCGUGUGUCUGCUGUCAGAUGUUGUUUGACGUCCUUUUUGUGUAAGUCCCAUUACCAUGUCAUCGAAAUGUGAUAUGUGAUUAAAGAUCAAAUUAUGCCCUCUCUUAUUUUGAUCUAAUGUAUGAAAUCCCCAAUAAAGUCUUAAAAUUGUCA